GAAUGCGUCAACGCUUACUUGCUACAGUAAGCCACGACCCAAAGCGAAAAAGAAGCUUGUACUAAUACUAAGCUUGCUAUAUAAAUAUGCCUUCUAGGGUUAGGGUUUUCCAAUGGAAUAAUAUUAUGACGUGCUGUAGCUAGCUGAGAAUUUUCUGCCAUACAUGUGCCAUCUCUCUUUCCAAACUAAAGAGAUGACAAAACGUCAAGUGAUUUUGAAAAAGGAUGACUUUUCAGAUGACGACUCAACAAAUUCAUCAUUUACUAUUAGGACAGUGAGAUAUAGAGAGUGCCAAAAGAAUCAUGCAGCAAGUGUUGGCGGAUACGCGGUUGAUGGGUGUCGGGAGUUCAUGCCAUGUGACGAGGAAGGAACUCCCGGCGCCCUUACUUGUGCAGCCUGUGGCUGCCACCGUAAUUUUCAUCGACGGGAAGUGGAAACUGAAGUUGCUUGUGACUGUUCCUUCCCGACUUAAAAAAGUAAGUUUAACUUCUCUGCACUGACAAUGUGCUAUUAUAUGUUUGGAAUAUGUAAGAUGCCCUUGCGGUUGGGCUUAUAGGAGUGAAGGUUGUUUAGGAACCAAGGGAAGGCUUGUUUCUUUUUUUUUCUUUUUUUGAUGUUCCAUUUAAGUAGUGUUUAUAUAAGUGAAGGUGAGAAUGUUUGUAAUGAUUUGCGUGGUUGAUUGUUAAGACUGAAUGAUAUUGUAUGAUAAUUACAUGUUUGGGGAGAAAAGAUGUGGUGCUCUUUGACAAGACAUUAUAUGGUCUAAUUUUUCAA